AUGUACCUCCCGAUCGGGAGAAAGAAUUCGAGAAUUCGACAACUAUGCAAUCUUGCUAAUUUUUCUAUCCGAUUUCUGGACGUGUGCGUAAGGUGCUUUUCCGAGUCGGGCGGCAUUGUACAUCCUCCCACUGACCAGCAAGACUACCCCAGAUUUUUCUGCGGGAGAGAAGGAGGCGCAAUGCUCCUUGUUCUUAUACUCGGGAUAGCAGAUUUCGCCAUUAUCACUUUAUCAAUCUUGCAGUGCUGCUCAAAAUCGCAAAAACAGGAGUCUCCAGUAGUACAAGAGCAGUCAAAAGUAAAAACACUUCCUGUCGAGAAGACUCAGCCUACACCUGCAAAAACAUCUUUGAAAACACCAAAGCCUGCUUUCGAAAUAAGGAAAUCUCCAAAAGAUGACGAGAAGAUCAAGACGGAAUUGGAAUCACUUCGUGAUGAAGAAUAUCCAUUCCAAAAAGCAGUAGAGCGGAAAGAGAAGGAAAAGGAAAAGCGAGAAAUAGAGGGUAAAGUUGAGCAGCAUUUUUCCAAAGUCGGUGAAAAGGAGAAAGACUUAUCAGUUUAUAGCAUGGACGUAAAACAGUUGAAAAAACGAGAUCAAGGCAAAUCUGCAGAGAAGGGAAAACAGACUUCAAAGGAGGGCAACAUUGGUAGCGCAGAUGCAGAAAGGAGGGGCUCACAAGAAAAGAGAGGAGGCUCUUUUGAGAGAAAAGCAAGCAGCGCUGAGGCCCAAAUCUUGAAGAAGAAGGAAAUGAGCUCACAAGAAAGAAAAGCAAGUGGAGAAGAUCAAAUGAUGAAAGAAGCCAGGAUUUUUUGGAAUCGACACUUCAACCACAUUGCUACGUGUUUCAAUGGUGUGAAUAACGAAGAGCUAGCCAAAGGAAAUUUGGAGAACUUUUUCGAGAUCUUGCGAGCAGUUGUACUAAAGAAGUUGAACACAUGGCGAGACAUCAUAGACUUCUUAGAGUUCGAUUUUAUUCCUGUAUGUUUGUCGACUUUCAUGUGCAUUAGAAUUUAG